AUGACUGUUGUGGAAUGUCAGCAGUGCCCAAUGACACACCAGCAAACUGUGGAUUUCUUCGAACAGCAUAGUUUCUUUGGCAUGUCUAAAGAGGAUGUCUGGUUCUUUCAGCAGGGCACCAUGCCAUGCCUCACGCCGGAAGGAAAGAUCAUUCUAGAGUCUCCUGGCAACAUCGCGUGCAAUCCAGAUGGAAAUGGUGGAGUCUAUCCAGCCUUGAAAAAAUCUGGCCUUUUAGACCAGCUCCGCUCUUCUGGCGUCAAGAGCCUCCAUGUCUUCUCGGUGGACAAUCCGCUUUGCAGACCAGCAGAUCCUCGUUUCGUUGGGUAUUGUCUCUCCAAAGCCGCAGACUGUGGAAAUAAGUGCGUUUGGAAAGCUUCACCCGACGAAAAGGUUGGAGUCAUGGCGAAGAAGGGCGGUCGGCCCAGUGUGGUUGAGUACAGUGAACUGGAUGAUGCACGCAAGGCACAGCGUGAUGCUUCCGGACGGCUAGUCUUCGGUGCUGGAAAUAUUUGCAACCAUUUCUUCUCCGUGGACUUUUUGUUGGAUGUGGUUGUGCCAAAGAUGUCGACCAUGUUUCAUUUGGCGCAUAAGAAGAUUCCUUAUGCGGACGACGAGGGCAAGACUGUCAAACCUGAAAGCAACAACGGUGUCAAGCUUGAAGCAUUUAUUUUCGAUGUCUUCCCAAUGAGCAGACGGAUCGCGAUCUUGGAGACAUUUCGAGAAGAGGAGUUUGCGCCUGUGAAGAAUGCACCAGGGACAGCCACCGACAGUCCGGACACUGCAAGACAAAUGGUGAAUCUCUUAUGCCGCUCAUGGGUGGAGAAGGCAGGUGGCCAAACUGAUGGAGAUGCUAGUGCAGUGCUGGAGGUAUCGCCCCUGCUGUCCUACGCAGGGGAGGGUCUCACGGAGCACGUGGCUGGAAAAACGAUCAAGGUUCCAUGCAACCUAGGGCCUUAG